CCCAGCGCUGCUAUUCGACACAACCCGCGUCGUGAUCGUUUGGUAGAGUUGUGGGUGGACAUCCGCCUCCCCCAGUUUACCUCACCGUCAUCCACCCCCCUGCUCGGCGCUGAGAUCAUUGUCCAGCUCUCCACAGGUCACUCACGACCACUUUCGUUAUUCCUGACUGAUCGACCAGCUGGUUUUCGUUUCGUCGAGUAAAACGGACGCCGAAAGACGUCGACAGUGUAUCACCGAGAAGGUUAGACGAGGCGGGUGCUGUUGUUGUUGGUGGUGGUGGGGGUGGAUUUUCCUUUUUUUUCUUCCGUUCCUGGCCCCGGGGAAAUACCGUGCACGACGUCACGUGAGUAAUGUAUCGGAACUAUGACCCGCGUGGGAAGUAGCUCGGACGGAGGCAGUGCUUCCAGGUGGCGGAGGCAUUUCUCCGGGUGAGAGCGAGAAACAACGAAAGGAAGCCGGAGAGAGGCUAGGUUAGGCCAAGCUAGUUGGGUUAGCUUGUUAGUUCGAGGAAGUUGGGCGAGUCGGGACACAGAGUUUAAAAAUAGAGUCCGAGACGAGUGAUUCUCCGACGUUUGGACUCUGAGGAAGAGAAGUAACAUUAAGCAGCUUUGUUGAGCCGAGCUGUCAACAAAAGGCUCCCCUCCGCUUGUUCUGGUUCGGAAGCUCUUCCGUACCUCAACAUGGAUUUAAAGACGGCGGUGUUCAACGCGGCCAGAGACGGGAAACUCCGCUUGCUCGAAAAGCUCCUGGAGAACAAAGAUGUACGCGAGGUGACCAAAUUGAUGGGCGAGAAGACGAACGGUGCCACGCCGCUCCUCAUGGCCUCACGUUACGGCCACCUGGACCUGGUGGAGUACCUGCUCGAGUGCUGCCGGGCGCCCGUCGAGGUCGGAGGCUCGGUCAACUUCGACGGGGAGACCAUCGAGGGCGCUCCGCCGCUGUGGGCCGCGUCGGCGGCCGGCCACCUGAAGGUAGUGCAAUCGCUGCUCGGCCACGGAGCCUCGGUGAACAGCACAACGCUUACCAACUCGACCCCGCUGCGGGCGGCUUGCUUCGACGGCCACCUGGACAUUGUCAAGUACCUGGUGGAGCACAAGGCCGACCUGGAGGUGGCCAACAGGCACGGCCACACUUGCCUCAUGAUAUCCUGCUACAAGGGACACAAGGAGAUAGCGCAGUACCUGCUGGAGAGAGGAGCCGACGUCAAUAGGAAGAGUGUCAAAGGCAACACGGCACUUCACGACUGCGCCGAGUCAGGCAGUCUGGAGAUCAUGCGGAUGUUGCUGCAGUUCAGGGCGUCCAUGGAGCAAGACGGCUACGGUAUGACGCCGCUACUUUCCGCCAGCGUCACGGGUCACACCAACAUUGUCGACUACUUGACCGCGCACCACCAGACGAGCCACAAGGAGCGCAUCGACGCCCUUGAGCUCCUGGGGGCCACGUUUGUGGAUAAAAAGCGAGACCUGUUGGGAGCCUUGAAAUACUGGAAAAAAGCCAUGGACUUAAGAUACAUAGACAGCAACAGCGUGGUCCAUAAACCCGAACCCAAGCAGCUGAUCAUGGCAUACGACUAUGCCCGGGAGGUGACAAAUGGAGAGGAACUGGAUGGACUCAUCUCGGAUCCCGAUGAGAUGCGCAUGCAGGCCCUGCUCAUCCGCGAGCGAAUCCUGGGCCCGCAGCACCCGGACACGUCUUACUACAUCCGAUACCGUGGCGCCGUCUACGCCGACUCGGGCAACUUUGAGCGCUGCAUCAACCUAUGGAAGUACGCCCUGGAUAUGCAGCAGAGCAACCUGGACCCCCUGAGCCCCAUGACGGCGUCCAGCCUGCUGUCGUUCGCCGAGCUCUUCUCCUUCAUGCUGCAGGACCGUGCCAAGGGCCUACUGGGCACGUCCGUUUCCUUUGAGGACCUGAUGGGCAUCCUGUCCAAAAGCGUGCUGGAGAUCGACCGCGCCAUCAGCCAGAUGCGUUCGCUGCCGCCGGACCCCGGGCAACUCAGCAAGGCACUGUCCAUCAUCCUGCACCUCAUCUGUCUUUUGGAGAAGGUGCCGUGCACUACGGAGCAGGACCACUUCAAAAAGGAGACAAUCUAUAGGUUUCUGAAACUGCAGCCACGGGGCAAGAACGGCUUCAGUCCGCUCCACCUGGCCGCCGACCGCAACACCACCUGCGUGGGUCGCUACCCGGUCUGCAAAUUCCCAUCGCUCACCGUCACCGCCAUCCUGCUCGAGUGCGGCGCCGACGUCGACAGUCGAGAUGAUGACCACAACAGCCCACUGCACAUAGCCGCGUCCAACGGCCACGCCGACAUCAUGAACAUGCUGGUGUCGGGCGGCGCUCACUUCGACAGCACCAACGCCUUCCAACAGACGGCCUGCGAGCUCCUGGACGAAAAGGAGCUAGCGCGCAACGUCGUCCAGCCCAUCAACCACACCACGCUGCAGUGCCUGGCCGCCCGUGUCAUCAUCAAGCAUGGCCUCCGCUACCAGGGGAACAUCCCGGAAAAACUGGAGGCCUUCGUGUUGCUACACAGAUAAUGACUGGAAAUGGUUGCGUGGAAAACCAAAUGGCGGCUUGAACUCCAAAUCAAUGCAACAAACAGGAUUGGAUUCAUGACAUGGAUUUAUACUUUUUUUAUUUUAUUUUUUGCAGGGGGGGGCUCCAGGAAAAAAAAUCGGCACACUAUUUAUUACUACAGAACAACACUUGAGAGAUUUUUCUCCAUGCAACAAAAACAAAUGGUGGGUUUGUUUUGUUUUAAUUUUUUAUUUUGCGGGAACUUUUCAGGUCUUUAAUUUUUUUUCCUUGUCCCAUCAUGGUUGUCAAAGUUCUCAAUCAUGUUCGUUUUCUUUUUUUUUUUGUUUACAAAGUUGGUGUGCAUUCUACAGAAGAAGCCAUUAAAAAAGAAGCUUUACAUUUAGAAGGCAAGGCUGGCUGGGGGUUGUGGGGGUCCGCUAACACCAAAAGUGCUUUAUUCACUUCCUUCUAUGCACAGGCUAGGCUGUUGGAAAGUGUCAGUUUUUCAUUUACUCGUCUGUGCAAUAUAUCUCAUUUGUUUACCUCAUCGCCACAGUCAGGACUCACAUUUUGUCCAAUCCCAAAAUGGCCGUCUUUCGAAGACAGCAUUCCAAGAUGGCAGCCACCGCUGGUUUUUCGUUUUGCAACAGUGAAGCUUUGCGAAUGAUCAAGUCUGCACGUUCUCGCUUUUUUUUUUUAAUUGUAUGUGUGGCUUUUGAAUGGCUGAAAGAAGAAAAAAAAGGGCUUUUCCAUCAUGUCACAGUGGAUAAUUUUUUCCCCACCCUGUUUUUCUUCAACCGGACAGUGUGAAAUGGGGGGGGGGGGGGAAAUAUGAUGACUCAUGGGGGCAACUUGGUCUGAAUCAGCACUUUACUUAGGGCGGAGUUUAAGAUUGGACACAGCAUUAAUCCUGUUCGCAUCUUAAUGAAUCAGUUUGAAAAUAAACCCAUGUUGCACUUG